AUUUGCCGCCGCGAAUGAACAGAACGAUGGCUAAUACGCGGCCACCACAAUUGUUCCUUUUUUGUUUCCUGCUCAUCCAGGCGGGAUUCCAAAGCACACAAGCAGCUAAAUGCAGCACAGGAUGCACUAGUUCGAGUUCACUGUUCUCAUAUCAAGUAGGACAUACAUACGAAUAUGCCUUAGACAGUACACUAUCAGUAUUAUUAUCCGGAGGCGAUACUCAGGAAACAUCCCUCAAAAUCCAUGGUACCGUUCUGCUGAGCCAGUUGCCGAAUUGCGACCAACUUCUGCGAUUGCAGAAUGUCGUCAUUCAGUCGCCGGACAACAAGAAACACCCGGGCCUUGAAGAUAUCACCAAGCCCGUAAGGUUCAACUUCAACGAUGGUAAAGUUGAUACCCAAAUUUGUGCCGAACCAGGAGACAACCAGAAUUCUUUGAACAUCAAGAGAGCUAUUAUUAGUUUGUUCCAAGCAUCUCGAGGACCAACUGAAACUGAUGUUUUCGGCGUAUGUCCAACUCACACGUCAACCUCCAAAAAUGGUCCUGAAUAUAUCGUCACAAAAACACGUUCACUUAAUGAUUGUGCCCACAGAGAGAGCAUUCAACAAGGGUUCCUUACAACUACCUUCAACGACAACUCAGCUAUAAAAUCCACUCCACUUUUGAGUGGCGAAUAUAGCAGCGAACAAAAAUUCAAAGAUGGAAUUUUGGAAAAAGUCCAUGUUACUGAAAACUACCACUACAGACCAUUCUCCCCUGGCCGUGGAGGCGCCAAGUCUCAUGUUGUCACCCGUCUUACUUUCCAAAAGAAAUCAGCCGAAGCACCAGGAAGUCAAGUUAGCAAACCACGCACUAUCAUAUUCGAAAAUCCUCAUCUUGUUCCAGUAGGAACUAACUCUGAUAACAUCGUAAAUGUUUUGAAACAAACCGUGAAACAUAUUGAAAACCAUGUCAACAGCGCUUCUGCUCGAGAUUUUACCGACUUGAUCCGUGUAUUGAGGGUCAGCAAUAAGGCUGAUAUGCUUAAUGUUUAUGGACAAGUAAACUCAGGAGCUGGUUUCAAGGACAAGGAAACAGCCAAAAAAGUAUUUUUGGAUGCUUUGUUCCGUACCGGUACUGGAGAUUCCGUAGAAGUCGUCGUAGAAUUAAUCCUUCACAAGAGAUUAUCAGACAAAGAGCAAAAAUUGGCUUAUUUGAGUUUUGCCAACGCAAAACAUGUCACCGCCCCUUCAUUGAACGCAGUUGCUGACUUGUUGGAAAAAUCGGCACCUAGAGAAGCUUUACUCGGAAUUGGUAUUUUGGCUGGACACUAUUGCCGCGAACAUAGCUGUUCAGGAAAUGAGUUACAGAAGCUCAGUGACUCUUUUGCCAAAAAACUGGGUAAUUGCGCUGCAGGAUCAAGACAUGAAGAGGAUGUGGUUUUGGCAGCCCUUAAAGGUUUACGCAACAUGCAUCGAUUGGCAAGCUCUGCAGUUGACAAAGUGUCCCAUUGUAUUAAAUCUGAAAAUACACCAGUAAGGAUACGUGUCGCCGCCCUUGAGACAGUGCAAGGGGCCGCUUGCGAGAAAAAAUUGAUGAAAGAAGCAUUAGCCAUUUUGCAAAACAGAGACUUGGAUUCAGAAUUGAGAAUUGAAGCAUACUUGGCUUUGGUACAAUGCCCAACUGCCCAAUUUGCAAACGAGUUGAAAAACUUAUUGGAUACUGAAACGGUCAACCAAGUUGGAUCCUUCAUAUAUACGCACUUAAAUAACCUUAGAGCAUCAACCAACCCACACAGAGAAUUGGCAAGACAACACUUGGGUCUGAUACAUUCCUCUAAAAAAUUCCCAAUCGACUUCAGACGCUACUCAUCAAAUAGCGAGUUCUCCUAUUCCAUGGAUUCUCUUGGUUUGGGUGCCAGUGUUGAAAACAAUGUGAUUUAUUCCCAAAAGAGUUUCUUGCCCAGAUCAGCAAGCUUGAAUUUAACUGGAGAAUUAUUCGGCCACAGUUUUAACUUGUUAGAAUUAUCUGCUCGCCAAGAAAAUUUGGACCUAGUUAUCGAGCAUUACUUUGGACCUAAAGGAGUAUUUAGUGGAUCAUCACCACAAGAAGUUUUUGACAAAGCUAAGUCCACUGUUGAGGAAUUGCGCCAUGAAUAUAAAUCUCGCUUAGAUAGCGCAGGAAGAGGCAAGCGUUCCACUCGCCAAGAAGUUGAAGCUUUCCAAAGCAAAAACACGGAAAAAUACAAUUCGAAAUUGGAUUUGGAUUUAGACAUCAAAAUGUUUGGAUCUGAACUCUUUUUCUUGAGUUUAGGUGAUAAAGCUUCUCAUUUCAGUCCCAAGGCUUUAAUAAACGAAAUUUUCGACCAUCUUGAAAAAGGAGUUAAUAGCAUCAGAAACUUCAAACACAACUGCCACGGCAAUGUUAUGUUCUUGGACGUCGAAGUUGCAUAUCCUACAAACGUUGGAAUUCCCCUGAAAGUCAGUGUUACAGGUACUGGAACCAUGAAGUUGGAAACCAGUGGACAUAUUGAUCUCGACAGAAUAAUAAAAGAUCCUAAGAACGCCAAAUUUAAAUUGCUCUUCGUACCAAGCGCUAACAUUGAAAUCAUUGGAGCUUUGUCUGUUGAUGCUCAAGUAGUGAGCACUGGUUUAGAAGUCGUAGGUAACUUGCAUUCAUCAACCGGAACCGACAUUCAAUUCAAUAUGUUGAACAAUGGCAAUGGAAUUGACGUUAAAGUUGGAUUGCCCAUAGAGAAACAAGAAAUCUUCAGUGUCAGUCACAAAGUAUUAUUCUCAACCCAAGAAAGAGGUCACCCAGCUCACCUAACACCUUUGAAGUUCAACGUUAACAAGAAAGCCUACCACGGUUGCUUUGACCAAUUAAGUCCGUACGUUGGAUUAACUUUCUGUGGAGAUGCUGAUAUUUCUUUGUCUUUGCCAACUGAAGGUGGUCUCGCCUUCCCAUUCAAUGGACCAAGCACACUAUCAUUACGUAUUGAAAAAGAAGAUCUGCACCAAUACCAUUUCAGACUUCUUAAAAACUUUGACGAUCCUAAACAUCGCACUUUGGAAUUAUUAUUUGAUACACCUAACUCCAAAACUAAAAGAACCAUUUCAUUCAAUGUUGAUGCCAUGAUGGAACCCCAUAAAGUUUUGAAGGUAACUUUGAACUCCCCAAUUAGAAAUGCUGCACUAGAAGCUAAAGUUCUCGAAGGAGACAAAGAAGUUGGUGUUUCUGUGUCAUUAAGAAAUGGCGAAGAAGAAUACUACGCCAAGGUUGGAGCUGAAACUUCUGGUCCAUCUAACAAGAAGGCUUACAGACCACUCGUGGAAUUCAGAGCUCCACAAGCUGGCGGAGAUUCCAAAUAUAAAGUUGACGGUCAAAUUGUCGUCGAGCGAGGAGAUGGCUGGUCAAAAUACCACUUCGAGGGAAUUCAAGUUGCUAUUCCUGGACAAAACGCUCCUCUUCGUGUAGAAGGUUAUAUGGGUCACAAAGGAAAACAAGCAAUAGACGGAAACCUUAAAGUUUCACACGAAAAUAAGUUUGUUAGUGCUAAGGGUAAAUUAGAACUGUUCGAAGGAUUAAAUGGUAAAAUAACUGAUUUCGAAGUACAUAAUUCAUUCAAUCCACAUUUAGAUUUCCGUGUAAACUAUGAUUACGGAAAAAAAGAAGAUGAGCUCAAACACCAUUUGGUAUUAACUCAUGGAACUGAUCUUAACUCUAAAGAAAAUCGUUUAGAAUUAGAACAACAACUUAAAUAUAAAGAUGUAGGAAAUCCUAACUUCGACGUUUCUGCAAGAAAUAUCCUUACUUACCCAAUGGCCAAACUCAAUGUUAAAUUGGAUGGAGCUGUUUCUAAAAAGAAGGCUGAAUAUAAAUUAGAGGCUACAGAUGAUAAGUCAAAAUUAUACUCUCAUCUUAAGGCAUUAGUGAAUAAUAAACAUAAAGGAGAUUAUGACCUUGAUUUUAAGGGCCAGCUUAACGAGCACUAUUUGGUAGUGAAAUCAAAACGUAAUGUUGUCGACGAUAUUAAAUCUACAUACCAUUUAAAUAUGGACACUAGCAAUGGUGGCAAAUUAGACAUAAAUGGCAAAGUCACUUUUAAUUCUCCUAAAGAUUACGAAACUGCUUUCAAAGGAAUUUUGAAAGUCCCAGGCAAACCAAACACCUAUGACGCAGACUACGCUACUCAAUUUAAUGACAGAAAAGCAAAAUCUCACUUGAAAAUAACAGCCGAUAAUGCUCCAGUAGUUGACGUUGAUGUUGACGUUGAUCGUGUCCCCGAUUCAAAGGGAACUUUCAGGUUUAACGUAAAAGAUCUUGUGAACGCCAAGUCCGAAUUUACUAGUUCUCAAGGUAAAGGAUCAGGAUCAGCACUUGUGGAGCUCGUAAAAUUGAACAGAAAAUUCAAAGGAGAUGCCACAUUCAAUAUUGCUUCCCCAGUUUUCAACUUCGAUGGUAAUCUAUUCUAUGACGCCGACAAAGACAACUCUAAGAAAAUUCAUUUGUUCACUAACAAUGAAUUGGGCAAAGGAUUAAAAUCCAGCAACGUUCUUGAAGUUGGACAGUAUGUUACAAAACUUAACUUCAAUGGAGAAAAAACUGGUAACUUUUUCACUGGUACUAUGAAGGGUCAAUAUGAUUUGACAUUACCAAAUGGUUUCUACUUUGACGGAAAACUAUUCCGAGAUGUCAAACAUGACGGUAAAUCAACUAACGGCGAAGCCGAAGUCAGUUUAUCCUUUGCCGAGAAAAAGGGAGCCGAGCCUUACAAAUAUGAAGGAAAAGCUAAAAUUACCAUUGAUGACAUUACAAAAUAUUUGUUUGAUUACAAUGCUCAAGUCCAAUUAAGUGGCAAUAGCAAAAAGUAUUUGGAAUAUAAAGGCGCUUUCAAACACGCAAUGGCAGGAGGUCAUGGAUACAAAUUUGAUGGAGCUAUAUUUUUGGAUGGAACCUUUGUUUUAAAACCAAUCAAUUAUAAAACAAGUGCUGAAUAUGGACCAGAGAAAUUGAAAUAUACUGUUGAUGGCAAAUAUGGCGACUCUUGUCGUUUAUCUGUUAAUGGAGAUUUAGCAAAAUCAGAAGAUGGAGCUUCAAACAAAUUCUUUAUGCAAGGUGAUUUCAAUAAUGAACAAUUCAAACACUUUAAACUUGAACACGAUGGUUCUGUAAAACGACCCAGAGGAGAUCAUGAUGAUUAUGAGUUCAAAGUUUUUAAUGCUGCUACAUUAAACGACAAAACUAUUAAGGGUAAUGGCGAAUUAAGAGGUAAUAAGAACAAAGGCUCUGCUAAAGUUACUGUUGAAUUACCAAAUGAAGCUCCAUUUAGCAUCGGUACUACCUACGAGCAUAAUGACAAAAAAGAUGUCAAACAAUGUAAAGUUGGCUUAGAUGUAGUUUAUGCACAAGGUAAGGAAGUCAAGAUGAACGCACUCGUCAACUUUGUUCCUGGAACCGAUUUAGAUGUACACCUGACCGUAUCUACACCUGUAGAUAAUGCCCGCAACAUUGAUCUCAAGCUCUUACAUAAAAAACAAAAGGAGAGCAAAGCCACGCAUACUGAAAUCAGUUUGCAGGCUGAUCAAAGAAAAUACGGAGCAGUUGUUGACUUAGACUUGAUUGAAACUGCGCCAUCUUUAGAUGUCAAAUUUGUUUAUCCAGAUGGCAAAAAAUCUCGAUUCAUAUCUAAAUUUGAACGUUUGGGCGAAAGAAAAGUAAAUGGCGAGCUUAAAAUCGAACAAGUUUAUGACUUCAAUUUACACGCCACUGGAGACGCAGAUUGUGAGGACGUAGAAAAAUGCUUGAUUAGGGUACAUGUUGACUCACCAAAGUUGAACUUGAAUGAUAUACAUUUGACAAUUGAAAGUAAAAAAGGAGGCUCGGGUAACAUCGUUGAAGUUUCUGCUAAAUCUGGCGAUAAAAACAUUGUGAGUGGUUCAACUACAUUCCAAAAGAAACAAGAGCAAGGCAAAUAUAUAGUUGAAGGAUCUGGAACCGUUACAGUAAAAGAAACACCCCACUCUGCUAAUUUCAAGUACAUGUAUAACAACGUCCGUGAAGAUAAUGAAAAGGGAGUACAGAUGGUUUUGAAUGCGGGCUAUGGACAAAAGAACGUUGUUGUAGAUUUGAAACUUACCAACAAACAAUUUAGAAUGGCAAAUUCAUACUGUGAACCAAAACAAGAAUGUGCACACAUCGACUUGAGUUCUAUUGUUAAAAAUGAAGAUAUUAACGUUUUGGACCAUGAACUUGAAGUAAGCAUCGAUUUGCGCAAACUUGGUCUAUCUCAUGAGUUUGGAUUGAAAGCUACCACACACUUACGUGAUCUGGUUCUCGACCAUACCGUUGAUAUGCACUUCCACUCGCAAGAUAAAGCAAAUACCAAUAUAGUGUAUACGUACAUCCCAAAAAUGCUGGUGUCACUUUGACUCUACCACAGAGAGUUAUUGCUCUUGAAGGAAAUCUCGAUAUUCCACGACCUAACGCAAUUGGUCCAGUGAAUGGAGAACUUUCACUUUAUCUGAAUAAACUUAA